AUGAAUGCUGUCCGUUCGUAUUUCGCCGCCACCGUCGCGUUUCUCGUGGUCGCGAUCGGCUGGUGUGCUGCCGACUCUGAGAUCUGUUGCAACAGUAGUACAGUCGCAAGUGGCGGCGGAGACGUGGUCGCGUCAUGCCAGAACAAAAAUCGGACGUUCCACACGAUCGAGGCAUUCGGUGGUGACAUGUGCGAUGACAACCAGAAGGCCGAGCUAGUCCGGAAGUGCUGUCCGCUGGGCCAGUCGUACGAUGUGGAACGGAAGUUAUGCCUCGUCAGAUCCGGGGUGAAAGGCAAAAAGCACCUGGAGCAGAUGAUGGAGAUGAUAAUGAAUCUUAUGUAUGGUUCCUUGCAUUAUGGAGUGGUGUUGAUGGUGGGCUAUAAUUAUUAUGAGCAGCCACUGUGCGACGCCGGGGACGUGCUAUUCGACGUGCCCACCGAAGACAUGGGUAGGAUGCUAAAAGCGUAUUCGUCGGUCUCCGAGUUAACGCCGGGCUACUGCUACGACCUGACGCAAUCCAAUGAGCUGGUGGCCAGGACGUGCCAUGGAGCUGCUGUGGUCUGUUGCAACAGUAGUUCAGUCACAAGUAGCGGCGGAGACGUGGUCGCGUCAUGCCAGAACAAAAAUCGGACGUUCCACACGGUCCAUGCAAUCGGUGGUGGCACGUGCGAUGACAACCGGACGGCCGUGCCGAUCCGGAAGUGCUGUCCGCUGGGCCAGUCGUACGAUGCGAUAAAAAAUGUAUGCGGGCCGGAUGGGGUGGGCGUCGACGAGCACCUGCAGAGGAUGAUGCGGAUGAUGCUGCAACUGAUGUAUGGUUCGUGGGAGGCGCAAGAGGUGAUGAUGGUGGGUUACAAUUACGAGCAGCCAGUUUGCGACGCCGGGGAGGUGCUAGUCGAUGUGCCCACCGCGGUCUUGAAGAUGCUGAUGCAAGCGCACUCGUCGGCCUCCGAGUUACCGCCGGGCUACUGUUUCGACCGGACGUCAUCCAAUGAGCUGGUGGCCCUGGCGUGCCAUGGAGCUGCUGUGGUCUGUUGCAACAGUAGUACAGUCGCGAGUGGCGGCGGACACGUCGUCGCGUCAUGCCAGAACAAAAAUCGGACGUUCCACACGGUCGAGGCAUUCGGUGGUGGCACGUGCGAUGACAACCGGACGGCCGUGCCGAUCCGGAAGUGCUGUCCGCUGGGCCAGUCGUACGAUGCGAUAAAAAAUGUAUGCCAACCAGAUGGGGUGGACGGUGACGAGCAAAUUCGGAGGAUGAUGUCGCUACUGACGUAUUUACGGCUGGUGCCCGAUGCGGUGAUGGUGGGUUAUAAUUAUGAAGGGCUUCCGUGCGACUACCCAUACGAGCUACUCAAACAGCCCGACAUAUUAUAUGCGCUGCUCAAAAGUAAACCGUCGAAGUUUCCUGAGGAACGCUGCUUCGAUCUGUCACCAUCCGGUGAGCUGGUGGGCGGGCUGUGCAUGCGAGGUGAACAUUGCCUCAAUAAUACGUGCGUCCACGGGUGCUGCAAGGGCGACCGGAUGAUAGUCGACGGCCCCAAUGGUCCGGAAUGCACACUGAGCGAGAAGCCGUUCACGAUGUCCGCCUAUGCAGUAGACGAGUACGGCCGUCAGGCCCGGUCGAACAGAACCGUGCUGCCGUACCAUGUAGAAUUCAAGUGUUCGCACAGAGACGUGCUGAACUACGGGUUCCGGUUGACCGAGGACGGCAGCCUUUACCUUACCUACGAACACCACAUCGUGCCACCCACGGAAUACUGCUUGGGGUAUUCGCAGGUGACCGACCGCGUAGUGGCGUUCAUAUGCGACGCCGACUUCGUGUACAUGGUCGAACGGGCACGUGCCAUCUCGAUUCCCAUUUUCUGUCAAGCAAGUCACGUGGCGUCUGCCGUGUGCCUGGUGCUCGGGCUGCUCGCGUACGGCACACUGCCCAGUCUCCGGGACGACAGCAACUACUACGUCAAGUGCUACAUGAGCCACCAGUUGGUGUCGUACGUCUUCGAAAUUGCUCAGAUGAUUACAGAGAACCGACGAGGCCACACGUGCGUUCUAUUCGGUUAUAUUACUUUAUUUAUAUUUCUGUCAACAUUAUGCUGGUUAAACGUAAUAUGCUUCGAUAUUUACUGGAUGCUAAGGAACUACAUUUCAAUAAACAGAAAUACAUCAACAUCAGUACGUACCAUUAUGUACCAUUUUUACUGUUGGGGACUUUCAAGUAUUUUCGUAUGUACUGGUCUGGUUUUUAAAUAUUCACAAGACGAAUCGCUACAGACAUUUGCACCCGAUUUUGGAGAAUAUGGUUGUUUUUACUACCAUAUGUCUGGCCACGGAGGUUUAGUUUUCAUCCUGAUACCAAUGUCUGUUAUGCUGACUACCAAUUUAAUUUUGUUCAGGCUGACUACUAUUCAUUCUUCAAGAAUUAAAUUAGAACUCAAUAAAUUCAAUAGAACAGAUUCAAGAACAGAACAUUUUCUUGUUUACAAAGAGAAAUUUGUAAUGAGCAUCAAACUAUUUCUGAUUAUUGGAAUACCGUAUUUUCUUACGGUACUAUCUAUUGUAUUACGAAUUGAAGGGACGAAAUGGAACAUUAUUUAUGCCUCUAGCAGUCUACAAGGUGUGUUUAUAUUUAUUAUAUUUGUGGCCAAGCACCAAGUUAUUAUGGACUUAAGGAAAAUCUUUAGAGGUUCAAUGGAUCACAGUGAGCCGACGCAAUAUAAUAAUAUCUCUGGGUCGUCGUCAUAA